AUGGCAUCCACUACUGAAGAACUACAGAAAUAUGUCGGGCAAAGUUUUAAGACAGUGAAACAAGAAUUAGAAAGUCAAGGCUAUAGAGUUCAUGAAAUUCGUUUAGGUCCCUGUACAAUAGGUGGUAAUGUACUAGUGAAACCAUGCGUCGUUGGAAAGCCUGAACCUGUACGAGAAAAACGUGCCGUUGUCUCAUAUCGUUACGAAGACCCAGAAGAAAAAGUUACUGACAUUCGACGACAAGAUUAUUGA